GCUGAACAGUAGUAACUAGUUGAUCGCCGAUGUAAUCUAUUUAAAAUAGCGUUAGGUUAAAGUUCGCCUACCACAAUGGCACGCCUGUAGUGGAAAGGUUAGACCGCACACGGUUUCAUUAAAGGGUUGUCCUGAUCAACGGGUACUUGACAGAAUGGCAGCGGGCGAAGAAAUAUUUCUGAGAGCCAAAGAACGGACGUUUGUGGGAUUGACAGAAGAUGCUGAGAGAGAGUGGCGUGGCCCCUUCUUCUUCAUUGUGGGGGCUGACCCCCAGCUAGGCCUCAUGAAGGCCUGGAGGACUGGGGACCGCAGCGGGGGAGGGGACGAGUGGGCAGAGGAAGUCCAGCUCACCAGGACGGCUGUCCAGGCCAUCAACAAAUUGAGCCCCAGGCCUCGCUUCACGAUACUGUGUGGGGACCUCGUCCAUGCAAUGCCAGGUACACCGUUUCGAGCGGGACAGGAGCGGGACCUCAAAGACGCCCUGCGGGAAACCGACCCCGGCAUCCCGCUGGUGUUUGUCAGCGGCAACCACGACCUGGGCAACGCUCCCACGCCCGAAACUGUGGCCGAGUACUGCCGCGAGUGGGGCGACGACUACUUCGACUUCUGGGUGGGCGGCGUGCGUUGCCUAGUGCUCAACUCGCAGCUCUUCUUCGACGCCUCGGGCUGCCCGAGCCUCCGCGACGCCCAGGAGGCCUGGCUGGAGGAACAGCUUCAAAAUGAGGCCCGCAACCCCUCGCACCACCUCCUGGUCUUCCAGCACAUUCCGCUCUACCUGCGGCGGCCCGACGAGGAGGACGACUACUUCAACCUGCAGACAGCCGUCAGGGAGAGCCUCAUCCAGAGGUUCAAGAAAGCAGGCGUCAAGGCCGUCUUCUCCGGCCACUACCACCGCAACGCCGGGGGGUGCUUCGAUGGCCUGGACAUGGUGGUGAGCUCGGCCAUUGGCUGCCAGCUAGGGGAGGAUGCCCAUGGAGUGAGGGUGGUGGUGGUGACCGCCGAUCGGGUCGUCCAUCGAUACCACAGCCUGGACCAGCUGAACGACAGGGGCAUGGAUGAGGAUCUGAAGCAACUACUGGCCUGAUCUACCUGAAGAGGACUGGAGAAGGCUCCAUUUUAUAGAAGCUCAGGGGGGAAAAAAAAUUAACCCUAGUUACCUGAGUGGUUUUUUGUAUAUUUGGUUUGACAGGAUUAAGGAAGGAAGCUAGGGCCUAGGAGAAUUGAUUUGUUCUUUUUCAGUUUUUAUUUUCUCUCUUUAGCUCAGAUUUUCUCUGAACAAAUGUGGGUGUUUCAGGGGCUCCUCGAUCUAAAAGGUUAGCAUGACCGUAUUCUGUGUUAACCUCAUAUACUCUAUACUGCCACGAACAGCCAUCAAACUAUUUGAGCGCUUGAGCGAAGAACAUAUAAACAUAUGACACUAUAGCCCCAGAGAUAGUAAGGCUAGUUAUUUACUGAGAACAAACCUUUUUGGUUUUUGUUUUGUUUUUGUAAUAUAAUUGCCAGUGUGUUUUGAAUGCACUGACUGUUUUUCGAGUUGGACGAGUUCACCCCCGAGCAUCUCUCUGCCCGCUCCACUCAUCAGACCAUAAGAGGCAGGAACAGGAAUGGGGGGGGGGGGGGUUGCGUCGCCAUGGAAACCAUUGAGAAACACAGCCGUGAUGCGAUGACCAGGGCUGAGAGGCAUGUUUGGUGGGUGGAUUGUCAAAGACACUUGCGCUGAUCUCAUUUCACACGUUUAGUUUUGGCCUCCCUUUUUAGAGGCACUGUAUUUCCAUUGGGUGGGGGUAGGGGGGUGGGGGGGCCGACUGUGAUGUGGCGAGGAAAUAUCCAAGCGCUCGUCAGUCUCCCCUCCUGUGACGUUUCGGGUCUUAUUUUCCUCAUGGCUUCAUUUAGGCUGAUAUGACUCAGUGUUGUCACACAUUGGGACCGAACCAUUUUAUCCUUUACAUAUGGACUAUUUCCUGUCCAAAGUCACCCUAAACAACGUACAGUUCUUCAUGUGAGUUUCAUCCUGGAUAAAUCUGUAUUUUUAAUUACUAAUUUAAUUACAAAACGAUGGCAUUAUUAUAGCUUGGAUUUUUUGAAUGACCAAAUGCAAGCAUCUACUCUGUGAAUUUCAUUUGACCUUUAUAAAGAAGUAAUAAAUAUUAUUACAAAAA